CGUUCGAGUUCCAAAGAGCGAACGAGCGAGUUCCUCCUACUGAAGCGAGAAAAAUCGAUACUGAGAGCGAUCGCAAUUCGCAAUGUUGCGACACUUGGGUUUCCACGCGCCGCGUUUGGCCUUCAACUUCAAGCCGAGGUUAGUUGACGGUUGCAACGGCCAAUCGUUAAUCACGCGCGCAUUCUCCGCCGUCGUGUCGCCGCCGUCGAAGGCGAUCGUGUACGAGGCGCACGGGGCGCCGGACGCGGUGGCGAAGCUGGUGGAGAUUCCGGCGGUGGAAGUGAAAGAAAAUGAGGUGUGUGUGAAGAUGCUAGCAGCUCCUAUCAACCCCUCCGAUAUCAACAGAAUACAGGGCGUUUAUCCGGUGCGGCCAGAACCACCGGCAGUGGGUGGAUACGAAGGCGUUGGAGAGGUUCAUUCUGUUGGCUCCUCAGUUAGCUCUCUCUCUCCCGGUGACUGGGUUAUUCCAUCGCCUCCCUCUUUCGGGACGUGGCAGACGUACAUUGUGAAGGAUGAGAAUGUUUGGCACAAGAUAGACAAGGGUGUGCCAAUGGAAUAUGCUGCCACUAUUACUGUAAAUCCCUUGACUGCACUUCUCAUGCUUGAACACUGUAUUACUUUGAACUCAGGAGAUGCUAUUGUGCAAAAUGGGGCUACCAGCAUGGUUGGGCAGUGUGUCAUUCAACUUGCGAAGUCUCGUGGCAUUCAUAGUGUUAAUAUUAUAAGGGACAGGCCCGGGGUUGAUGAAGUAAAAGAAAGGCUUAAGGAUAUGGGUGCUGAUAAAGUUUUCACUGAGAAUGAAUUGGAAGUGAAGAAUAUCAAGAGUCUCCUGGGUGGUAUACCUGAACCUGCACUGGGAUUUAACUGUGUUGGUGGCAAUGCUGCUUCUCUAGUACUCAAAUUUUUGAGACAAGGAGGAACUAUGGUGACUUAUGGUGGAAUGUCUAAAAAACCUGUCACUGUGUCAACAUCAUCUUUCAUAUUUAAGGAUCUUUCCUUGAGGGGAUUCUGGUUGCAGAAGUGGUUGAGCACAGAUAAAGCUGAAGAGAGCAGAGGAAUGAUAGACAGGCUUUUGAGACUUGUACAAGAAGGGAAGUUAAAAUACAAGAUGGAAUUGGCUCCCUUUGACGAUUUCAAUACAGCAUUGGAUAAAGCUCUGGGAAAACUUGGGAGCCAACCUAAGCAAGGAUUUGCCAUCUAAAGCAGACGGGAUCUAUGAAGCGCUUUCCUUUGCCAAUAUGUAAUCCACGGCUUCUUCUACAGUGUCAACCACCUGCAAAAGCGACGUUGUAUUAUGAAUUUAUAAUCACAAGUUUUUUACUUCAGAAUGUCAACCACUAGGUAUUUCCUGGGUUACAACUCCCAACAAAUUUCAAAUUACCGUUUGGACAAUUAAAUCCGUGCUGCAUUAUAAUCGUGAGCACAUUCCUUUAAAAACAAGAUACUCUUCAUUGGUAUGGUAGCAUAACGCAAGUAUUCCAUAAUCACCAGUUCUCCAUCCUUAUUUCAAAAGGUGAAAAGCCAAGACCCAAAACAAAUAAUAAUCCUGUUCAUCCCAGUUCUUUACUAUAUGUCUAACUCAGAUUGCAAACCCGUUUUAGUUUUGACCAGGCUACCACUAGUUCCC